UCUCCCCUCCCUGAGAGAUUCCCCCUUCCAUGCCCCCUCCCCUCUGCCUGCCUGGAGAACCGCUGGGCAAGAGAAGAGAGUCACGCUUCCCAGAGAGAACGGUGAGAUGGAAGGCUGGCUCUGCUGCAAGCAGGCACGUCCCGUCCCGUCUGGCUUUACUCGCCAGCAGCAGCUCCAGCAGCUUCUUGGGAGAAAAUCCGGGAGAAGCUGGAGUUUGAAUGUGAAUGAUAUGCUUGUCUGGAAACAACAAUAACUUUCAAAAUAACCAGCAAACUUGCCUUGGCCUAGUGUGGCUAAGAGGUGGAUUCAUCACAUUCUUCUUGCCCUGGGAGGCAAAGUAGCAUUAGAGGAAGAAGAGCUUUUGGGUGUGUUGGGCGCUUAAGCUGAGCUUAGAGAGACCAUGGAUGUGCCAAGCCCAGCAAAGAGUGGAUCAGGGAAGGGGACAGAAAAAGGCCCUCCAGCCACCCAGUCUGGCAAUGAUAAGGGAUUCUGGGAAAGAACUGUGCAGAAGAUCCUGGGAGGAGACACCACCAGCUCAGAUGUCCAGGUCAGGAGAUUCAGAGAGUUCGUCUACCAGGAAGCUGAGGGGCCCCGAGAGGUUUGCAGCCGACUCCACCACCUUUGCCAGCAGUGGCUGGAGCCAGAGAUACACACGAAAGCUCAGAUGCUGGACCUGGUGAUCCUGGAGCGGUUCCUGACCAUCCUGCCCCCAGAGAUGGAGAGCUGGGUGAGGGAAUGCGGAGCGGAGACCAGUUCCCAGGCGGUGGCCCUGGCAGAAGGUUUCCUCCUGAGCCAGGCAGAGGAGAAGAAGCAGGGAGAGCAGCAGACAGAUGGGAUGUUAGCCCAAGAAGCCACUGAGCUCCAAGAUUGCGAGACGGCUCCGUUGGUGACCCGGCAGAAGCUGCUGUUCAGAAGGAUUGGGCAGGAGAGUGAUGGAGGCCCCAUUGCGCUGGGUUUUUCCCACAGUCUGGGAAACAUACCAGUGGGGAUGCAAACAGGCAACCUCAUGCUUGCUAGGCCAGUCAUUUCCUGCUGCGCCAUUGACUUGGGCAGUGAAAUGACGCUGGCGACUCCUCCUGGACCUUCUCCUCUUGGUGGUGGAGUGGAAACUGUGGCUGUGCACUCACCAGAUCAGGAGUCUGUGAGCUUGGAGGAGGUGGCUGUGUGUUUCUCUGAGGAGGAGGCGGCUCUGCUGGAUCCAGGCCAAAGGGCUCUGCACAGGGAAGUCCUGGAGGAGAUUUCUGGGCAUCUGGCCUUUCUGGGUGAUUGGAGGGCGGGAGAGAAACAGGCCAAUGGAGCGAGAAGGAGAACCGAAGGGAGCCAGAAGAGGAGGCAGACUAGUCCUUCCGAAGGGCCAGACUUGCAUUCCAUCCCAAUCCCAGGAGAAUGCCACAAGAGAAGCAGCCGGAAUAAGAGCCCUCAGUAUGUAGAAACCUUGACUAGCCAGCCGCAUCUGAGCAGACGUCUGAGAAUCCACACAGGAGAGAAAUGCUAUACCUGCUCAGAGUGUGGAAAGAGCUUCAGUAGGAAGGUAGCACUUACUGUCCAUCAAAGAAUACACACAGGUGAGAAGCCUUUUAAAUGCUCGGAAUGUGGAAAGAGCUUCAGGCAGAAGGGAACGCUUAUUUCCCAUCAAAGAGUCCACACGGGUGAGAAACGUUAUACCUGCUCAGAGUGUGGAAACAGCUUCAGUCGGAGGGUAGCACUUACUGUCCAUCAAAGAAUACACACAGGUGAGAAGCCUUUUAAAUGCUCGGAAUGUGGAAAGAGUUUCAGGCAGAAGGGAACGCUUAUUUCCCAUGAAAGAGUCCACACAGGAGAGAAACCAUAUACCUGCUCAGAGUGUGGAAAGAACUUCACUCAGGGUUACCAGCUUACUGCCCAUCAGAGAGUCCACACAGGAGAGAAACCAUAUACCUGCUCAGAGUGUGGAAAGAGCUUCAUUUGGAAGUCAAAGCUUACUUCCCAUCAAAGAGUCCACACAGGGGAGAAACCGUAUACCUGCUCAGAGUGUGGAAAGAGGUUCAGUCAGAAGUCAAAGCUUACUAACCAUCAAAGAAACCACACAGGAGAGAAACCUUGUUAAAUGCUCAGAAUUUGGAAAGAACUUCACUCGGGGUUACAAGCUUACUGUCCAUCAAAGAAUCCACACAGGUGAGAAGCCAUUUAAAUGCUCGCAAUGCAGAAAGAGCUUCACGGAGGGUGAACAGCUUACUGUCCAUCAGAGAGUCCACACAGGAGAAAGGCCUUUUAAAUGCUCAGAGGGUGGAAAGCUGUUCAGUCAGAAGUCACAGCUUACUAACCAUCAAAGAAUCCACACAGGAGAGAAAGCACAUACCUGCUCAGAGUAUGGAAGGAGGUUCAGUCAUAAAGCAACACUUACUUACCAACAGACAGUCCACACAGGAGACAAGCCAUUUACCUGCUCAGAGUGUGGAAAGAGCUUUAUUCAAAACCUACAACUUACAUUGCAUCAAAGAAACCACACAGGAGGGAAACCAUAUACCUUCUCAGAGUGUGGAAAGAGCUACAGUCACAACCGAACGCUUAUAUUGCAUCAAUGAAUCCACACAGUUUUAAAUGCCCAAAAUGUGGAAAAUGUUUUACUCAGGUUGUAAGGCUUACCGUCCAUCGCAGAAUUUUUACAGGAGAGAAACCAUAUACCUUGUUAAGAGUGUGGAAACAGCUUAAGUUGUAGCAAAAAUCUAAAAUUGCCUCAAAGAUUCCAUACAGGUAAAAUGUGGACCAACUGUUGGACUUGUUCCCUAACAUUCAAAGUCUCAACAAAAUGUGGUGACCAUCACUGAAGUCCCGUUUUCAACCAAGGAAUGUUAUUGCCUUUUUGAACACACUGAGAUGGGAGCAGGGAGUUAGAAGGGUUUCUCUGGAAAGACUGAUGUGAUGAAGGCCAGAGGCAUGAGAUGUUCCAUUCCUUCUACCUCGGUGUGUAAGUUUUGAUUGGGCUAAUGAGGCUGUGCUUGCUAGCUUGGGAACCAAGUAGAGGGGGGUAUUUUUUCCCCUUGAAUUGGGCUUGUACACCUAGGCAAUACAGGCACUAUGUUAAUUUUCACUCCAUUUGACAGUCCCACUUUUUGAACCUUUUGCAAGUAUUAUGCUAUUGCUUUGCAUAAGGUUUGUUGUAUAUAAUAAAGACUUUAUUAGAAGCCCAAUGGAAAGGAGCCUAUGUGCUUCUUUUUGUUCAAAUGAUACUCCUGUAUUAAGGGUUGGUGUUUGUUUCAUGCUUGAAGAGAUGUUGACCAGGAGAACUCACAUGUUCCUGGCAGUUGCACUUUUUAUAUGAAAGAAUCUCAUCUUGACUCAGUCGAAAUUUUUAGAGGUGAAUGACCUUAACACAGUGGUACAUAUGCUAAUAACCUCCAGGCUUGACUGCUGUAAUGCAGUCUACGUAGGGCUACCUUUGUACAUAGUCUGGAAACGACAAUUGUUACAGAAUGCAGCAGCCAGAUUGGUCUCUGGGACAACAUGAAGGGACCACAUCACACUGGUUUUAAAAGAACUGCACUGGCUGCCAAUAUUUAUUUUUAUUUAUUUUAUUUAUUAUUAAAUUUUUAUACUGUCCUUCCAAAAGGCUCAGGGUGGCUUACAUACAGAUGCAAUAAAUUACAGUUGAAAUACACAGUGCUGGUUCUUACCUAGAAAGCCUUUAACGGCUUGGGUCCAGGUUAUUUAAGAGAGCGCCUCUUGUGUCAUGAACCCUGCUGCCUGUUACGAUCUUCUGGAGAGGUCUGGUUAUGGUUGCCACAAGCUGGUCUGGUGGCGACCUAGUUCUGGGCUUUUUCUUUGGCUGCCCAGGGCUAUGGAAUAUGCUUCCU